CUUAUUUAUACUAAGUAGAACAAAACAAUGCCACUGAGCCUAAGUUGGUAACAAUCUUUUUCUAUCAUGGCAGCACGCAGAUUUUUCUCCUUGGUUUCUCGUUCUCAAUCUUUCCCUAGGCCUACUCUUGGCUUUGUUUCUCUGCUUCAUACAUUAGGAAGAGACACUCAAAGGAGUAGAAACAUAAGCAAGUUGAGCACUGCUGCUGAAGUUGAUGAAUUAAUCACACCAUCUGUGGAAAUAAGAUACACAAAGAAUCUCAUUAAUGGGAAAUUUAUGGAUGCUGCAUCAGGAAAAACUUUUCCUGCUUAUGACCCAAGAACUGGGGAAGUGAUUGCUCAUGUUGCUGAAGGUGAUCAAGAAGAUAUCAAUCGUGCAGUAUCUGCAGCUAGAAAGGCUUUUGAUGAAGGACCAUGGCCAAAGAUGACCCCUUAUGAAAGAUCACGGAUCCUAUUGCGUGUUGCUGAUUUGGUUGAGAAACACAACGAUGAACUUGCGGCAUUGGAAACAUGGAAUAACGGCAAGCUUUAUGAGCAAGCUGUAAAUAUUGAAGUGCCUAUGUUUGUACGUUUGCUCCGCUACUAUGCUGGUUGGGCAGAUAAAAUACAUGGUCUCACAGUUCCAGCUGAUGGGAAUUAUCAUGUACAAGUAUUGCAUGAACCAAUUGGGGUUGCAGGACAAAUCAUACCUUGGAACUUUCCUAUAUUGUUGUUUGCUUGGAAAGUUGGUCCUGCAUUAGCAUGUGGUAAUACUGUUGUAGUAAAGACUGCUGAACAAACACCUUUAACUGGUUUAUUUGCAGCACAGCUAUUUCAAGAGGCUGGUCUUCCACCUGGAGUUCUAAAUGUUGUGUCUGGUUUUGGUCCAACUGCUGGUUCUGCUCUUGCCAGUCAUAUGGAUGUUGACAAGAUAGCAUUCACUGGAUCAACUGACACAGGAAAAAUAAUAUACCAAUUGGCUGCAAAAAGCAAUCUCAAGCCAGUUACAUUAGAGCUUGGAGGAAAAUCACCAUUUAUAGUGUGUGAGGAUGCUGAUGUUGACAAGGCUGUUGAACUUGCACAUUUUGCUUUGUUCUUUAAUCAGGGUCAAUGUUGUUGUGCCGGGUCGCGUACUUAUGUCCAUGAACGAAUAUAUGAUGAGUUCUUGGAGAAAGCCAAGGCCGCUGCUUUGAGACGUGUUGUUGGCGAUCCAUUCAAGAAAGGUGUAGAACAAGGUCCUCAGGUUGAUUCACAACAGUUUGAGAAAAUCCUCAAAUACAUCAAGUCAGGUGUUGAAAGUAAUGCUACUCUUGAAUGUGGUGGUGACAGAAUUGGCACAAAAGGCUUCUUUGUCCAACCAACAGUCUUCUCAAAUGUUCAGGAUGACAUGUCAAUAGCUAAGGAUGAGAUCUUCGGCCCUGUUCAAACCAUAUUGAAAUUCAAGGACACUGAUGAAGUCAUAAGAAGGGCAAAUAAUACACGUUAUGGUCUUGCUGCAGGAGUGUUCACAAAUAAUUUGGACACUGCAAAUACUUUGAUGAGAGGAUUAAAGGCAGGAACAGUGUGGAUUAAUUGCUUUGAUGUGUUUGAUGCUGCAAUUCCAUUUGGUGGGUACAAGAUGAGUGGGGUAGGAAGGGAGAAAGGUAUAUAUAGUCUUCAUAAUUACUUGCAAGUUAAGGCUGUGGUUACACCUCUAAAGAAUCCAGCAUGGUUGUAAAUGUAAGUUAAUCAAGUAAGUAUAUGGUUGGUUUUGAUGUGAUUGAGAAUAAAUAAUGGGUGUGACAUGUAUAUAUGUAGUGUAAUGUCUACUUCAAUGGAGAUAAGAUAAUGUUAGUUAAUUAAUAACUAGGAUGAGAUCAUACAUAAGAUGCGGGUCGUGUUGGAACACAUCCUCGAGUAGAUGUUGUGUUGCUGGCUUGUAAUUUGUUCAAUAAACCUAUCUUUUUCUCCA